AUGCCACGUAGAUUCCGGAUAGUAGUAAGUUGGAAAUCCGCUCUUAACCAUCAUCAAAUCUUACGAAUUAAGGACUGGAUACUUUUGAUCGUCAUCUUGUUCGCAGUUUACACAAUUCUCAAUUACGAUGGUAUAUAUUUUUAAACAUUAGAGCUCACAAUAUCAUUAAAUUCAGGCGAUGGAAGUCAGGAAAGUACGAGUUUGGGAGCGGUGAGGCCGAGUUGGAAUAAGGAGGAUAUCCGGGAGAUGUGUCAGUUUUUGGAGCAAGAAGUGACCGGAGAGGAGGGUGACCAGUGGGUCAAGGUGAGAAAAUCGAUAGUCAUCUGAGAGAGAGGAGAGGGGGUACAUGUGAGAAGCCUGUGCGUAUUCAGCUUUCCGAAGCAUUUUGAUGUUUCUGCUUCUUAUCUUCUUUUCAGUUUGAAAUGAAAAAUUUACAAUCCACGAAAAAAAGUGAAAGUUUCACCGUGUUGAAAAACCUGAUUUCGCGAAUUUCGCCCCGUCGUGUCCGCGUUGAAAUUCGCCAGUUUUCCAGGGAAACGACUAUGAAAAAAACAACUACGACUACGCGGAAUCACUGUCGUUUUUCAGACACGGAGAACGGUCAGUUUCCAUCAAUUUAUGAAGUAUCUUUACCGCUCCUUUUUCCUUUCAAGAUCUCCAGUUUCAAAAAGUCAACGAUGAAAUCGGAUGUCUUCCUCAUCGCGACGUCGAUCGAAAAGCCUUUGUGGCGUACAAAGAACUGGCGGAAAGCGACGAGCUUCUGGCGUUUUUGAAGGUCGAUCCGAGACUCAACGAAUUUCCAAGAGUGCCUGAAGAGUAACCAUACCUUCGAUUAAUUGCUCCUAAACAUUUUUUUAGUUUUUCAGUGCAAAGUGCAUCAGCGGAAUGUUGACUGCGGAAGGAGCUCUUCAGCAUCUCAAACUCGGUAGAUACUUCAGACAUCGAUACGAGAGGACGCAGUUGUUCUCCGCAGGUAACACAAACAGGUCUUGAGCCAAAUCACCUUUGGUUCAUUCAGAAAAACCAGCGAAUAGUGACCGAUGUGAUCACGAGCAAGUACAACCGAACAGUGCAAUCCGCUCUCGCCUUCUCCACCGAGUUCCUCUACAAGCAACGGACUCUUCUGGCGCCGAUCCAGAUAAAAGCGUCCAACUUCUCCUAUCACUGUCUGGACGAUUACUGUGCUUGCAAGCAGCAUAAAGCGAUACGGAAGAUGUACGAGAAAGAGCAUCUGCAGGAGUUCUAUCACAUGAAGUCGGAUUCGGUGGCGGACGAAGAGAAAAAGCUGCUCUCCUUUUCCGAGUUCUCCUCCUCUUUCGAUCCGUUCCAAAUGAUCGACGUCGGACUCGGACGGUUCAUUUGCAGACGGAAGACGUUGCCGUGCCAUGAGAACGAGUGUCUCACUUUCGAUUCGUUCAACAAAAUGAUCAAUUUGACGACGCUACGUGGCAGUCGGAUGUUCGACGAUCGGAUCGGAGUGGCCAGAAGGCUGCAGAGCAUCGAGGCAUACACCAUUCUCACGUAUCUCAGGGACUCUGUGGCCAAGAUUCGCAAGUUCCCGCAUUCGAAUUAUGUGCAGGUGAGUGGGAAUAUGGUACAUCAUGACGUCACCUCUCUUCAGAUAUUCUCCGGCCACGACGUCACAGUCGGUCCUAUUCUGCGAGUGCUCGGAGUUCCGUUCGUCGAUCCGCCCCACUACACUUCCCGAAUCGUCUUCGAGAUUUACGAGCACUCCGAUGAGGGAAUCUUCAUCCGAUUACUGUAUAAUGGAAGGAAUAGAACUUACGACGUCCGAUUCUGCCAUGUAAUCCCUUCCGUAUUGUCUUCUCAAUUGAAACUACCGUGUUCAGGGUGACAACCUCAAGUACGGUAUGUGCAAAGCGUCGGCGUUCGAGCAUUUCGCCAAGGACGGAUUGUUCAAGCUGGCGGGAGUGUCUGAAUUCAAAGAGUUGUGUUAUGUAUGAUAGGGGUCUUUAACAUAUUUAUAUCAAGGGAAAAACAUACGAGUUUUUUGGUACAUUCUUUGUAAAUUUGCUAGUACACAUUAUGAAUCUAUUUGUCUGUCUCUUCCUCUUUUCCGAAUAAUUUGUGAUCGAUAGCGGAACGGAGCGAGAGCGCGGCGGAAUCAGAGGUGAGCGAGGGAGGAGGCAAAAAAAGCCAUUUAUAUGCAUCGAUUAUUAUUGUAGACGCCCCCGCCCUACACGUUCCGUUUUUUUGUGGAAAUGAACUGGGCAGCUCGUGGCGCACUGGCCACUAGACUCGGCAAUAAAAUAUGGUUUACAAAGAAAAGCGGAGAAGAGCCCGAAGAGCCGAAGAAGGAGGAAGUGUGAGUGGAAACGGAAGAGUCCCACGGGUUAUGAUCCUUUCGUUUUAGCAUCGUCCGAUCGAUGGAGGAAGACGCUAAAGAUGAGGAUGGCUGGUGGGCGGAGCUGAAAGAAUUCUGCGGAGCCCACGCCAUCGAGGUGAAUCUUACCUUUUCACCUUUCCCUUACCUUUUCAUAUUUUCAUUCAACAAAAGGUUUUCAGUGCUCGGCGUUCGCACUAUUCCUGUUCUUCUGCAUAUUUUGCGUCUUCAAUGCUUUCGGUAAGUCGCCACACCACUUCCCUUCCGUUUUUACAUUUCGGAGCAGUUUUCUCAUUUUCAGGAUUCAUCGGCUCAAACGAUUUGUCUCUUCGCUCGGAACACUACAAACAAUUCGUCGCCAACCUCUGCCAGUUUCCUGAAAAUCGUGAUUUGAAAGGAUCGGAGGGACAGACCACCCAUCCGAAUGCCACGUUGAUAUCCCUUCUUGCCGUGGUACGGCAUGGAGAUCGGUACGAAGUGCAGAAAGAGAAUACGACGGGGUGUCAGGAGCUGAACGAGCAAGAGAGCCAGGAGUUUGAGCAGUACCUGACGGCAGCGAAAAGAAUUGAUCUGACGAAGAUAUUGUCAAUGACACCAGAGUUGGAGAAACUGCAGAAACUGCCAGACAGAGAAGUUUGUGAAGCCAAGGCACUGACCCCGAGGGGAGCAAUCCAAGAGUUCGCACUGGGAAAGUACCUGUUUGAAAAGUACAAAAACACGAAACUAUUCAGUGAGUUAUCAUGCUCGGCUUUUCCUUUCAUACCGUACCUUCCAGACACUUCACAAAGCGCCAUAAACAUCUCAAUAAUUGCGACCCAAAUGCAAAGGACAGUGGCUUCUGGAGUAGCUCUUCUGGGCGGAAUUCUCGAUCAGAACGGGACAAAGUUCACGACGCCGAUCACUUUCAAAUCGGGACUCGUGGGAUGCACUGAUGCGGAGUGCGAUUGCGAUGAGAACUUUGGAAUCAUGUACGAUUUGGUUGGAAAGGUCUGUAAAUAUAUUUCCCAAAUGGCAGAAAUUGGGGAUUGUAGGAAAGAGAAGGACUGUUUCGGUUGGAAGCGAGCAGUCAUUUGAGAAGAUUGGCCGAAGCGAUAGUGGAAAACAACACGAUCGGAAUGGAAGAACCGUCGGUGGAUCCGAACCAAAUACUCGAUUACCUGGUGGCCGGCCUCGUCUGCCAACGGGAACCGCUCCCGUGUCCGGACGAAAGACACUGUGUCUCUUACCCUUUCAUCGGAGAAGUGAGCCAUCGUUCAACGGUUUUAUCGAUUGUCUGACCUUUUGCAGUUGAUUGAGUAUUCUGUCAAAUUGAGCAAGAACAUGUUCGAGUUGGACAUGGGAAUCGAGAAACAGUACAGAGUGAUCACUGCUUUUUCCGAUCUUGAGAAGUUUGGCGUUGAUGGUGGAGAGGAACGAGAAAGAAGUGCAGCUGUUCUCAUCUCACGAUCACGUCAUCGUCUCGGUCCUUCGCGUUCUGACUCUCUCGGGCAAUUACAGCGAAUUCCAAGUCUACACCGCCCGUCUCGUCUUCGAGAUUUACGAGACCACCGACGGAUCCCGGCUGUUCCGUGUGCUUUACAAUGGAGAAGACGCCACGUCUUCUGUGAAGUUCUGUGAGCAACUGGAGUACGGAUUGUGCUCGGUUGCUCAGCUGCAGAAGUUCAUUGCCAAGGACAUCUUCGGGAUCGCUGGAUUCAAGAGCUUCAAUGAUACCUGUUACUCCAACUUCUAA